AGAUAAGUUAAUGCUGGUCGGGGAGUACAGAUUGCGCAACACCACAUCCACAACAGCAACGCAGGGGGUACACGUCCCAAGCGAUCCUUUUCACCAUGUUAACUAUCUUGGUGCAAUACUCCUUGUUGCGAGAUCAAUAGCAUACACUGUCUUUUCCGUUUGACGUUUUAGCACUCGUUUCUGCGUACCACCACACCAUGCCUCCCCGACACUUCUUGAGAUACAUCUUUGUCGGCGUGGUAUUGGUUGUCGGUGUUAUAAUAUUCACUACCACUUCAACACCGCCCAGCGUCAUCCUGAAUGACAAGACUGGCUACACCGACGCCCUACGAGAGUCCUUAUCGACGUUGAAUGUCCCCUUUCGCUUCAAGUUUCAUCAAGCAGCUCACAAACCACCCGAUCAAAAGAACAGUACCCAUGGCGACAGCUCUUGGUACAGUGACUGGAAAUGGAUGAACCCCUUCUCCUCAGCAGUCACACUCGAUCAAGAACGUAUUGUUCUUCCUCCCCUAGCCGAACGACCUCCAGUCUACACCUACUAUGAUACGACCGUUAAAAGAGACGAGGCUACUCAAGAAGUGGACAAAGAGCUGCUGUUGACGUGGCGUCGAGCGUGGUGGGCUCAUGGCUUCCGUCCAGUCGUUCUGACAGAAGCGGAGGCUAUGAGCAAUCCACUGUAUCCAACUCUACAUGCGAAAGGGAUGCCAUUGGCAUUAGAAAACGAGUUCAGGCAGUGGUUGGCAUGGGCGCACAUGGGAACAGGGCUGCUGGCUAGCACUUAUUGCAUCCCCAUGGGUGCAUAUGAUGACCUCUUGCUGUCACAUCUACGACGAGGACAAUACUCGCAACUCACCAAGUUCGAAGGUCUAGGAUCGGGUCUAUUCGCUGGCGAAGAACCCCAAAUCAAGGAUGCCAUCAAAGCAGCCCUUGAUAAUGUUAAGCUGAGUUCAUUCAAAACUAUUACGGAGGCUAUCGCAUCAGAUCGGUUCAAGGUCGAGCAGCCAGCGUCUAUCGCCUUUUACGAUUCUCAGACAAUCACCUCCAAAUACCCCAAGCUCGCCGAACAACUGUUGAAGGAUCCCGACAAAGGCCGACAGUCUCUCAAUCAGCUGAUGAUCGCUCAUCUACACACCAUCUGGCAGAACACGUUUAGCAGCGGGCUUGCUGUUUUACAACCACUAGCUGCUCACACCUUUUCGCUGGUGAAGCCUGCUAAAGAUCUGGCCCAUCUCCUGACCGAAUGCCCCAGCUCAAUCCUGCAAUCAUCUUGUCCGCCGAACCGACCUAAAUGCAGUCCAUGCAUAGGCACCAAGAUGAAGAUAAACGUCGCACCAUCCUUUCGAAACACUUCGUCGCUAUAUACGAUCGCCAUCGUUCCGCAUCCCUACACCUUAAUAACGGUCACCAACCAGUCCGAUGCCAUAACGGUUGCCCACAUCAGACGACAUACCGAACGGGACCCGUGGAUAACCGCCGUGACACGCGACAUUCUUGGAAACUCUAGAGGGGGUCCAAGCAGGGUCGUGGGGAUAAAAGAUGCUGUUGCUUCGGAAUAUGGUAGUAGCCGUUCGUUGUGGUUCACAACCGAACAUUUUCCUCUUUCUUUUUGGCCACCUCCACCGCCGCCCACAUCUCCUACCAAUGAUGCCCAUCCCCAGGAGGAAAAGGUCUCUCCCUUUCCUGAAGACUGGCUCCAGCAUCUCGACUGGCACUUUGGGUUUCCAGUCCCUCGAACGUCAGUUUCUCAUGGUGAGUCUCUUCCUCCAGUGCCAGGACCUGAACGAUGGGCCAAAUCCCCUGCCGGUCUCCCCGCCGAGCGUAAGAAGAGCUCCGAUCCUAAUCCACCUACAGAAGAGCAGGCGGCAGUAGAAGUUGAGCUAUUACGCAAGGCUGCGGAGACUGUGAGCAGUAAGGACCCAGAAGUGCUCAGAAUUCGGAACGUUGCCGAGGCUUGGAACCUAGCCGAUACUGAAGCAUGGAAAUUUGUCAAGAGUUUCCGAGCUCGUCAGGUUGUUGAGAUCCUCACGUUCGAAGAAGAGGAGUCGGCCUAUGGCACUGGAGGAUCCGCACGAGGAAAGACGCGCUGGUGGGGUUCUUCAUAAGAUAUCACGGGAAGCCUUACUCGAACAAUGACACAUCGAACGUUCGUCAUGCCACACUCAGUCAUCGU